AUGGCAUCCACGCGCCUGGCACCUGAAACGGACAUCAACCGUCGUACCUCCCUCGGCUUUCUUCGUCGUUCUAAAUCCACCGAACCCCUAGGCGAUAAAUCUGCUCGCAGGAAGAUGUCUAAAACUCAAGUGGAAGAUGAAAUGCGUCGUCAGCGCGAGUCUUACGCCCCUAAAGUUCCUCCCCGCUUGCCUGAUCUUUCUCCCGCCCCGCAACUGGAAACGUUUGGAGGGGAGGAACGUGAUAAGAUCCCCGAACCAAUUCCACGUCCCCAAUCUGGAGUGACCGCCUCUAUGGCUGCAUCAAAUGUCGAUCCUUAUGCACGCACGGAGAGCAUGACCCAUCGUGGUCGGUAUAGCUAUGCUAGUAGUGCUAUGAGCACUGUGAACAGCCCUCGCCGCGUGCGCCGUCGAAAGGAUCCCACUUCAUACAAUGUGCUGGUCAUUGGUGCUCGUAACUCGGGCAAGACAUCUUUCCUCAACUUCCUCCGUAGUGCUCUGACGAUGCCCGCCCAUAAGCACCCGUCGCGCACCCCCGAGGAGGUCGAAGAGCUCGAGCGUCAAACCUCGGCUUGGGAAGGAUUCACGUCGCAAUACUUGGAAACGGAGUUUGAUGGCGAACGUGUCGGACUUACCCUGUGGGACUCUGUAGGUCUGGAGCGGAACAUCGCAGAUCUGCAGCUGCGUGGCGUGACAGGCUUCCUGGAAAGCAAGUUUGAGGAGACCCUUGCCGAAGAGAUGAAGGUUAUUCGCUCCCCCGGUGCUCGUGAUACCCACAUUCAUUGCACUUUCCUGCUGCUGGAUCCUGUGCGUCUUGAUGAAAACAUCGCCAUGGCGGAGCGUGCUGCCAAUGGUACGUCCAAGCCCACCGAUGCGCCUGUGGUUGGCAUUCUAGACCAGAAUCUGGAUCUGCAGGUAUUGCGCACGGUGUUGGGCAAGACCACUGUCGUGCCGGUGAUCAGCAAGGCGGAUACCAUCACUUCUGCCCACAUGAGCUAUCUCCGCAAGGCGGUCUGGAACAGCUUGAAGCAGGCUAAUAUCGACCCCCUUGAAAUCUUGACAUUGGAGGACCAGGAGGAAGAAUACUCCUCGUCGGAAAGUGCGGAUGAAGAGGAAAUCGUGGACCUUGAGAGCAAACCCGAGUCGACUGAGAAUGGAAAUACCGAAGCUGAUGCCCCCGGAUCGCCAUCGCAGCUCAGCGAGGGCACUCGCAGGUCCACCGCGUCGCAGGCCGCCAACCAGCACGUUCCAUUCUCGAUCCUAUCUCCCGAUCCUCAUUCCCUGGCCGCUGGAGACCAACCAGUCGGUCGCCGAUUCCCCUGGGGAUUUGCUGACCCAUAUGAUGCCGAGCAUUGUGACUUUGUUCGUCUGAAGGACUCCGUCUUUUCCGAUUGGCGUUCCGAGCUGCGGGAGGCUAGCCGUGUGGUCUGGUAUGAGCGCUGGAGAACCAACCGCCUCAACCGCAACGGACAGCCGGCGCCCCAGAAGCAAACCUACGGUGGUCGCCAAGGGCCUCAUGAUGGUCGUCGUACGCGAUGA